ACAGAACUUCCUUGUGAUAGAGAACGGGAGACUAAACAUACAAUGACAACUUUAACAGUUACGUUGUAGAUGAAGAUGGAUACAGCUAAACUAGUGGUGUUUGGACACUUCAUAUCUGUGUUGAUUUUCAGUUUUGGAUUAGAAUUGGUUGUUUCAUCAAGAGACGUAGCACUACAUAAGGACGCUACCCAGAGUUCAACACUCAGCUCCUAUUUUGCCGGAAGAGCAGUGGAUGGAAUCCCUGGGAGAGAUGGAGGCGGUGGACACUGUUCUCACACAAGGACAGGACACAAUCAGGCCUGGUGGAAGGUCGACUUAGGAGAUGUGUACAGGAUACAGACAAUCAACAUCACCUAUAGACGCGACUGUUGUUCUCAUACAAACUUUGGACCAAACUGCAGUAACACCUGUCACUGUAUGUCAGGUGGCUGUGACCCUGACACAGGUGUGUGUCACAUCCCCGGAUGUCAGCAUGGAUGGACUGGAGACAGCUGUUCAACACAUGAAUGCCCAUCUGGAUACUUCGGUCCAGACUGUUCAACUGAGUGUCACUGUAAGACUGGAGGCUGUUACAUAGUAAACGGAUCUUGUAACACCAGAGGAUGUCAGGACGGUUGGAGAGGGAAUACAUGCAACCAAGAAUGCGUCAACUCUACAUUUGGACAAGACUGUAAUCAGACCUGUCAUUGUGCUAACUCUGGUUGUGAUAGGAUCAGUGGAACAUGUACUAUACCUGGAUGUACGGAAGGUUGGACAGGAGGCACGUGUAGUCAAGAGUGCUUGGCGUGCCGGUUCGGUAAGGACUGUUUACACGAAUGUCACUGUAAGUUGGAGGGGUGUGAUAAGGUAGACGGGACGUGUAACGUUACAGGGUGUGUGGACGGAUGGAGAGGGAAGUCCUGCGAUCAUACCUGUGACUUUACUCACUACGGCCCAAACUGUCUACAUGAAUGUCACUGUAAUAUAAGCGGUUGCUCAAAUACUGAUGGGAUAUGUCAAACACCCGGAUGUGAGGAUGGAUGGACAGGACCGUCGUGCAGUGCCGCACAAGAACAGAUAUCAAGUAAAUCAGAGUGUCCACACAUUGCUGAGGUGUCGACAUCGGUAGAAGCAACAUGUACUACCUGCUAUGCUCUGUUUGGUACUUUAUUUGCUAUAUCCAUUAUCUGUAACAUCGGACUCAUCAUCCAUUGUGUGAGGAUGCGUUUCCAAAACUCCAGGACACAAACACCACCUAAAGAACUACAAACCUAUCGCAACCAUGAGGAAGACUAUGAUGGUAUAGAUUCAUCGACAAUCGACAAGACACGUAACAUUUACGAUACAAUAGUCCAAUAGCGCGGCAACAAAAAAGGAGAUACAGAGAAACAAUGCCAGUAUACCAUGAAAUCAUGUGGAAUACGUUUAUUCCAAUCU